UUCUGCAAACUGAUUUCGCUUUGCUUUUUACUUAUUUUGUGGUGCUCUUGCUGCUCUCACGCUCUAUCACCGGACUUGGUGCUGAAAUGAUUUGUUGUUGUUUUUUUUAUUCGUCUAAAGAUUGCUAGUGUACAUGUUUAUUAUUUCGCCGUUGUGAUCGAAAAUUAAUGAAUAACAGAAGAGACUGAAAGACAAAAAAUCAUUCGAAAUAAAUAAAAACACUUUCAAAAUAAUUAAUCAAUUUAUGGUUUUUGAUUUGCGAAUUUGCCAUACAUUUUUUUGGGAUGAAAUUCGUAGUUUUUGUUAUCUGAUUCCUUCGGGAUAGUGAAAUUCAUUUGUGCUUUGGGUGACUUUGUGAAAAUAUUCAAGAACGUGAAAUAGCCAAACAAAAAUCCAAAUCCGAAAUUGUUGAAACACGUCGUCGUUAUUCGAAUCGCAUCAUUUAUUUUUGCGUGUAUUUUCAACGCUACCCAAAAACAUACAAACGCAUCAUUUAACACAUGUAAUUCGUUCGUCGUUUCGUUAACGUCGGGAUCGCUGCGAAUGUGAUUGUUGCAUUUCGAAUGAUACGCGAAUGAAGAGGGAGAGAAAGAUAAAAAAAACCACCGUUACGGAACGAUUCGAUUUCAUUGCAACACAGUCAAUUUAAAUGAAAAUACUCGCUCAAUUUCAUGCUCAAGCUACGGCCGCCACCACUGCUGCUGUUCAAAUUCAACGCUGUUAGAGAACCGAGUUGUCCAUCAUCAAAAACUACACAAAUAAAAGAAAACUGACGAAUCAAAUCACUUGUGUUCAUUCUCUUUAGAUAAUUUUAUCACACAAAUGAUUUUUCUUUAUUUUUAAGGGAAAAUUUUGCAUUCCACUUUAAAUUUACAACAACAACAAAAAACAGCGACGCGCAUUAGCAUAUCAUUCAUUUAUCGUCAGUUCGAUUGUUGACAGUGUUUUAGACAUUUAAAUUGGUUGUGAGACUUUAUAUAAAUCGACAAAGAGAAAUAACGAACAAAAACAAAUAAACAAAACUAAACAUAAAUAAAAACCAAACAGACGAAUGAUUAAAAUAUUUAAGAAAAUGCCAAAAUAAUUCAAAUAGAACAUACUAUAUAUUGUUUAAAAUUGAUGAUAACAAAACCCAUAUAUAAUUGAAGAGCUAAAUUUCGACUCAAUUUUAUUCACACCCGAUUGAAGUUGUUACCACACAAAAGUUGAACGAGAAACACUUAAAAAACAACCGCACAUACACCGACCAAGUAGAGAGACAGAGAGACCGAUUUGUUUGUCUUUUUUUUAUUCUUUCACGUUUUUGUUCAUGUUGAAGAUCGGCUUCGGUAUUGUUGGAUCCGCUGGUUUAUCAGUCGGUUCAUUCGAUUAAAUAGCAUCAAGUGCAAACACGCAAAUGAAUUUCUUCCGUUUAUUGUUGCUUUGUUAAUACAGCUGAUGCUCCAUUGCCUCUGUAUGUUGAAAUGUGACACAAAAGACAAAAAAAAAUGUGUGCUGUGCGCUAGAAAGUGAUGAAUAAUUGGUCCAUGUCUGUUAUACACAUGGAUGUUAUUUGAUUUAUGGUGUACGAGCGUGAAAUCUCCCAAUCCAUUGAAAGAAAAAGUGUUCUCUCUGUGUGUGCUCGGCCAGAGAUAGUAAAUGGUUUCUUUUUUUUUGUGUGUGCUCAAAAUUGCUUUUAUGUUUCUGUGAGUUGCACUAGACAAACAAACAAAAAAAUUACAAAUUUUGUGUUAGACAAUAGGGAGACAAAAGUGUAAGCAGAGACAGAACAUUCACAACGGUCAUUGUUAGUUAAGAGUUUAACGAAUUUCGAUGUAUUUACUCGUUUAAACGAUUAUAUAGUUGAAAAAGUGUUUAUUUUUUCUUAACAAAAUACACCGCGUAUGUAUUUGAAAGGAUUUAUUUGUUGAAAUUGUUGGUUUGAAACGCGGACAAUUGUGUGUGUGUGUGCAUGCAAGAUUUGUAGACGUUUUUCAUUCUUCAAUUGUUGCAUUGUUCGAUUUUAACCUUCAACUGUAAGAGAGUGCAUGAUGCAAGCUUCAAUGUCAUUUCAACAAAUUAUGGCGUCAUCAUCAUCAUCACCAUCACCGACGACAACGAAAACGAUGACGACGAGAAUAAUAUCAUCUGCGCUACAUUCGCCAUUGAGCUGCAUGCUUCGAAGGAUCGGAGGGAAUAGACAGAGACCCAGCUGUUUAAAGAAAGCUCAACACAAGCAUUUAUACUGGAUUUUAAUUAGCUUAAACAUUUUUAUUGCGCUGGCAUAUUGUGAUGACGAUAUUAUAGCACCAUCAACACAACCAUUGCCACAAAAAAGGAGCGGAGUGCUAUCUGGUACAACAGCAUCAAGGGGAGGAGAAGCAGGGGUGCUUGAUAUUAAAGACCAUUGUAAUAAAACGGUGGAAAUUUACGAGGAUGUUUCAUCGCCCGAACUAACGAAUGCCAAUCGAAAUCGACCGUUAUUGUGCACAUACCGAUUUCGAAGCCAUCGCGGUACACCACGUGAUUGGGUACUACGAAUUCGCUUCAAAAAAUUUAAAGUCGGAAACAUAUUAAAUGCAACACACUGUGAUGGCGGAUAUUUGCAGAUUGUGGAUGGAAAUGCAAAAACCGAUGUAUCGAAUCGACGUGAACCGGGAAUGUUUUGCGGCGAAGCCGAACAACCACAAACGUUCAUUAGUGAAACCAGUUACGUCAAAAUCAUCUUUUUUGCGGAAAACUACACGGAUCAGACCUAUUUCUCGUUCGAUUCACGAGCCGAACAACAGAUUGAGGUGUAUUUGCGAUAUGGCCAACAUCCCGAACUCUAUCCAAAUCGAAGAGGCGAGGUAGUUCAAGGAUCGUAUUGUGAACGAGAAUUUCGUGAUUGUCGUCUUCAAACAUGUUACGUACAAUCACCAGCUUAUCCGGGACUGUAUCCGAGGGCGCUUAACUGCCGAUAUCGCUUGCAUACGCGACAACCUUUUAUCAAAUUGUAUUUGCAAAACGAACAUUUUUCUGUGGAUGGCCAACGUUGCGAAAAUAUUAUGACAUGUCCAAUGCGUGAAAUAGGAUCUGGCUCCAAUCAUUGUCCGUACGAUUGGUUGGCGGUUUAUGAUGGUCGAGAUGAGCAUGCACCAUUGAUUGGAAAAUUUUGUGGCGUUGGCAAGUUUCCAUACAGUAUAAUCGGCACAUCACAGCAUAUGUUUGUGGAAUUUGUAUCAUCUCCGGCGGGACCGCUGUUGAAUACGGGAUUUCAUUUUAAUGUCGGCAAUUGGCCGGGUCACGUAGAUACAGUUGGAAGUCGUAUCGGUGCAUGCGAUUGGAUUCUCAGUUCGGACGCGCUAAAGGAUUCAAAUGCAUCGGAGGGUAUAUUUUUGAGCAUCGCACAUUGGUAUCCACCAAACACAACGUGCAGCUAUCAUAUUCAAGGAAACGAAGGCGAAGUCGUUCGUUUGUACUUCCCAAGCUUUCGAAUAAAUCGAAUCGAAGCGCCAAUUGUCAAAAUCGAUAUGGACUGUGCUGAAUCGUUAACAAUUUAUGAUUCAAAUCGUGCUGAUCCGGCACGUAUUAUAAAAACAUUUUGUGACACAUUUUCGCGACCAAUGGAGAAAAUUGAUUUUGUUAGUACGGGUCGUUCGUUGUAUGUACGUUUCGAUAGUAAAACCGGAAGCUACAGUGGCAGUUCACUUUAUUAUUGGGCCCAUUAUGAUUUCUUUAAUAAUACAAAGUUUGGCGAACCCAUACCAAAUACCAUAUGCGAUGAAGUAUUUUAUGCAUGGAAACAUUCACACGGCCACGUUCGAUCGCCAUUGAAUACAUUGAUUUUCAAACGAGCCACUGGCACUGAUCUACGUUGUCAAUACAAAUUCAUUACCGAUAAACGGUUGUAUGCACGUGUUCUCAUUGAAGUGACAUCGGUUACAUUCAAAGAGCUACCAUACAAUAUGAACACAUGUACACGUUGUCAUGAAGAACGUGUUGAUAAGCUCAUCAUAUGGGAAGAACGUGAAAAGGCUCAAGAACCGUUGGCAUGCUUUUGUGAUGAUAUACCACGAGCGGUACGCAUCAUUUCAUCGGGUGAACAAAUGAACUUGGAAAUGAUUGUACAAGGUCAACAUUCGACAAAUAGCUACUUUAAAAAUCAAAGUCCAUUGUUUCAGGCAAAUUAUGAAUUCGCCCAUGGUCCAAUGUGUGGACCAAUUACAUUGGGACCAUCGGCCGAUGGUGAACUAUCAUUUCCAUUUCGUAAUAAAAUAAACUAUCAUCACCCGCAAGGUGAACAUGCGAAAAAAGAGAAAUGCAUAUGGGAGCUUAAGGUGGCCGGUGAACGUGAUUUAUGGAUGCAUUUGGAUAAAGCUGAAUUUACCGAUAAAUCAUGUGAUAUGGCACGCAUUGAAGUUUAUUUGGCCGGUCGUCUUGAACCACGUUUUGUCAUUUGCCCAGAAAAUGUGAGCUUGGCACAUGGUUUAGCCAUUUUAUCGGCAGCUGAACUAGGAGCACUCGACAAUGACAACGAACCGCUACCGGUUGUUAUAAUGUACACCGGCGAUAGUACACCGGGACGUAAUUCAUUUCGUCUUCUUUGGACUGAACUAUUUCAUUUGCCACGUAAUCCUGAUGGUAAUUUGGCACGUUCGUUUUUAAAAGAUUCCGAUUGUGAUUUUAAAUGUCCCGGAAAUACGGCCGUUUGUAUACCAAAACAUUUAGUAUGUAAUGGCAUUUUAAAUUGCCCAAAUGUAACAAUGACAUCAACACUGGAAACUCUACAGCAAAAUGUUCGUGACAAUUUGAAAAUGCUCGAUAUAGAUGAUGAAAAUUUAAUAAAACAUGCACGUUAUUUAACCGACGAAGAUCCAGCCAUUUGUAAACGAGGUCAAGAUACCGAAGUACCUUAUGUCAAAUUAUUAUUCAUUGCGGCCGGACUGAGUUUAGUGUUUACCAUUUUGUUGGCAUUGAUAUGUCGAUACUGUUGCUGUCGCAGCAAUUAAAAUCGAAAUUAAAAUUGCAUGAACGGUAUAUGAAAACUUUUUAUUUUUCUCGAUUUAAUAAGAAAAGUGUUAUAUACAAAUUACACAAUUUUUUAGCGAACAAAAACAACAACAAACACGAUGUUACGAUGUUAUGUUUGGUAUAUAAGGUAGUAUACUAAUAUUAAUGAUUCAUCGUGAAUAAAAUUAUUAAUUAACUAUUAAGAAAAUAAUAAAAAAAUGUCAUUUUACGAAGCAAAUGAUGGCAGUUUUUUUCUCUGCGUUGUGUUAGCAAAAGCAAUAACUAAAUAAAUGCAAGAAGAAGAGUCGAAAAUCAAAAUAUACAAAAAAAAAACAACUUAAAUGAUACCUACGAUUUCAUAUAACAACAAAUUUUUGAAAUUAGAUUGUAAUUAUAACGUAAUGACGAUCGACGACAAGUGAAAAAAGAACACACCGAAACAGAUGAAAAUAAAAUACUGUUAGCUAAUUGUAUUUUAAUACCUGAAAACUGAUUUUAAAGCCAAAAAUAAAGAAAAUUGAACACAGAGAAAAACCACUCA